GAAGCAGCUGAGUAGGUGAAGCAGUGACUCGGCGCAGGAAGAGUUAAGCGGCUCCUGGCUGGAAUCCCUGGAAUGCUGGAGCUUGUUAUCAGGACGUACCAAAGGUCAGACAGGAGGGGUGGCGGUGAGCAAUCGUUACGUAGCCAGUGAUUGGUUUCUUCCGCUGGUCUCUGUUUCCCCUGCAGCGAAGAGCAGUUGGUACAUUCCGGUGGAAGCUCCUGCCUGAGCGGAGUGAGAACCUGAGUCCGCAGUGAGACGGGAGGAGAGCGGCCGUGUUUGUGGCCCUGGGGCCCGUGGCCUGACUGUCUGUGGCCUGUGAGAGAGAAGGUUCUCUCCAGUGCUGAGUGCAAGCCUUACCCUUGUGCAGCGAAUGGAUUUCAGACUGAAUGAGCACGAUAUUCCUGUGCGGCCCUGCUGAAUUCAGUCAAAACCCAUGGAGGGCAAAGGUGGCAUCUCCACUGCAGGGAUGUCCCUGAGUGGCUCCUCAAUGGAUGUGAACCUAAAGCAGAGGGCCCAGGUAAUAUCGGAGCUGAGUGAAAAGCAGAAGGAGCUGCAGGAGUCACUGAGACGGAAGCUGGUGGAGCUGAGAAAGCUGUGUUUGCAGGAAGCUGAGCUGACAGGGCACGUGCCUGAUGAUUUCCCCCUAGAAUAUGGAGAGAGGCCCCCAGUUGUGUCCAGGAGACCAAAGGCAACCUUUAGGGUGAACGCAGCCACAGUGACAAGGGCAGAGGAGUUGCAGCUGGAGCGCUUGGAGAGGGACUUUGUUGUGCAGCUGCAGAUGGCAGAGGCCGCCCGGAAGCUGAGCCUGGCAGCAGAACAGAACGUGGAGAUGAAUAGUGAGCAGCGACGCAAGAGAAGGCUGGUGUAUCUGGAUGCGUUACAGAGGCUCCAGGAGUUGGAGGAGCAGAGUAACAACCUGAGGAGGAAACUGGGUCUGAGGCCUGUGCAUAGGGAUCCCAGCAACCUAAUCGAUGAAGCCCACCCAUCAGAGAACAGUUCCUUGUCAGAGAGCAGCAGCUACGAGGAUAUUCUGGGCCAGGGGGCAAGGCCGUCCCCUCCUCGUAUCUCAGAACAUUCCCACAAUGUGUCCAACAGUCCAGAGCGAAGGAUGGGGUGGAAGUCUUCACCUGUGGUGCUCCAUAGUGAUGUUCACAACCGGCGCAACUCCAUGGCCAGCGCAGCAAGCCCCACUCGUUCCUUCCCUCGGAGUCUGUCCAGCCUGGAGGGCCGCAGUGUCCCAGCUACACCAAUCCUGAGUCGUAAUUCCUGCAGCAGCUCCGCCCUCAGGUCGGAGGGACCUGGCCUGUCUCAGCGUCAGUGGUCCGGAAGCCAGGAUUCCCAGGUGGGCUUCCCUAGUGAUAGGCCCUCGGGCCACGCUGCACGGAGCCGGCGCAGUAACAGUUCCGAAGCUCUCAUUGAGCGCCCACCUCCUUCUGAAGGUCCAGCCAAGCCCUCAUUCAACAGCUCUGAAACUCUGAGUGAGAACCCUCAGUCUGGAACAGUUCCACCCCAGCAGCGAGGGGCCCGAUCCCUAGAUACUCGAACUCCCAGCAACUCUCGGCUCUCUUACGAGGAGAUUCUGCUGGAUUAUUACAUGGAAAGGCAGCAGCCUCGUGGCUGGACUGAGCCUGAGGGCCAAUGGUUUGCAGAGCCUGACGGUAGCGGCCAUUACUCUCGGCGGGAUGGAUUCCCAGGUAGCCCAGCGAUCCGGAGCAGGUUUGAAAUGCAACAGCAGCGCAGGAACGCUGCUCGUACCAAGUCCUGUGGCCCCCAACUGGCAGAUGUGGGCAGCUUUCCGCAAUCCUGGCACCACGAGAGCUUUCCCCAACGGCCUCCCCCCCAGGCGUCUUAUCCAGGCCCCAGAUCCCGCAGUCAGCCUCGUGCCCCCCCACCCGAGACUCUGGAGAGGAGUGUGCACAAAGCUCUGGCCCUGGAGGGUCUUAGGGACUGGUAUCUGCGCAACUCAGCGGCCACAAGCGCACUCCACCGCUGCCCGGUCUCAUCUCAGAUGCCAAACCAACGCUACUACCGACCUCCUUACACUGAUGGGCAUUACCAAGCUGCCUCCCCCCUGUCCCAUUCCAUCAGUUUCACUGGGGCUCCAAUGCACGGCAGGCACUUGUCAGAGUAUCUCGGGCAGGAGUGGUGUAGCCAGGCCAACAUUCAAGGUGAUGGAGCAUCAGAGGGCACCCCGCCGGGCACAUUAGUCUGACACUGUAAUAGAUGCCACUGUCCAGCAUUGCAACAAGAUGGCUCCUGCCUCCAGCAAUUGCACUGCCCGUGUCCUACGUCUCCUCGAUCUACGGGCCUGGAUGUGGGGAAGGUUCCUCGCCAGCAGCAGAAUUCUGAGAGCUGAUAAUAAAGCAGGAAAUGCAAUAUGGUGCGGUUCCUUUGCUGAGCAGUAACUACACUACAAAGUGCCUGUGCCAGGGGGCUAGUGUUGCCCAUAUGCUUGAGCAGCUGCCUGUGGCACCUCCCGGCACCCAGUUGGCACAGGCCAGGGCACAGAUUGCUGGCUGCUAAAGACUUGGAGACUGUGGUACAAGGGGGGGAGGGGGGCAUCUGUAUGAAACUCUGGGUGUUUGUGAAUGUGAUGACACUGUCUUUGUGCAAUCAGUUGGCAGAAGGCUGGGCACAGCCUGGGGUUCUGUGGGCCUGAGCUGGACUUGGUCUCGCAGAAAUAUGAACCUGCUGACUCCAGAAUGUUCUUUUUGUUACUAACACUGAUCCCUGACUGGAAACACUGUGCAAUAUGUACAAGUCGGGCCCCGGGCUCCCACCUUCUGUGUAUGGGCCGGGGCAUGAACAUACAGUUUCCUUGGCUGCCACCAUUUUGUGUAUAUUCUGGGGCAUGUACAUGUGGCCCCCCGGGCUGCCACCUUUUGUGUAGAGGCUGGGGCAUUUACCAAUAAAUUUGUGAAAAAGA